AUGCUUGCCCGGCCACUGCAGCUACCCAGAAUCAUCAACUAUGCACUGCUUGCGCUGUGCAUGGUAGCGCUGACCUACCACUUGUUUUACAGCAAAGGCCCGUUGUUUCGCUACACAUCGGGCCCUUUUGCGGUCCCGCAGCACGCUGGAAUCCCCAAAAUCAUCUGGUACAAGCUGGGCCCCAAUGGCCUCUCGGAAGCGACGCAAAACUAUACAGAGACCGGUAUCCAGCGCAACCCGGGCUACCGCGCCCAAUUUGUAACAGAUGGGAGCGACGAUGACUACGUUCGCAAAACCUUCGCUUUCCGCCCAGACAUUGUCGACACAUACCUCGCGCUACCCGUCCCCAUCUUCAAAGCCGACAUGCUGCGCUACUUGUUGCUCUGGGACCAAGGCGGCAUAUGGUCCGACCUGGACGUGUCUUGCGAAAGUAUUCCCAUAGAGGAAUGGAUACCCGCCGAAUACCAGGGCAAGGCGGCGCUUGUCGUGGGCUGGGAGUUCGACGCAGGCUGGCCGGAACCCUACGUCCGCCAGUUUGCUAGCUGGACAAUCAUGGCCAAACCACGGCUGCCGCACAUGCUACAGGCGGUCGACCAGAUCCUCGAGAGGUUGCGGGAAGAGACAGCCGAGCACAAUGUCACAAUUGCAAACGUGACCUUGGAAAUGAUGGGCGAUGUUGUGGAUUUUACAGGUCCACGGCGCUUGACGAGCGGCGUCUUCGCAAGCCUGGAAAAGACGCUCCGACAGACCAUCGACACAGAGAAAUUGAAGAACCUCACGGAGCCGCGACUCGUCGGCGAUGUCUUGGUGAUGCCCGGCCACUCAUUUGCAGCAUCUUCGAAUACGUACCCACCGGAGCUAAAAGCACAACUACCGCCGCAACUGGUGACGCACCACUACGCUGGAUCCUGGAAGAACGACAAGGGAGGGGAACAGUAG